CUGGACCCAAACACAGUAAACAGACUCCUCUCUCUGUCUGAGGAGAACAGAAAGGUGACAUGUAGGAGAGAGGAGCAGCCGUAUCCUGAUCACCCAGAGAGAUUUGAGGACUGUGGACAGGUGCUGUGUAGAGAGGGUCUGACUGGGCGCUGUUACUGGGAGGUAGAGUGGAGUGGGAAAGGGGCUGAUAUAGGAGUGACAUAUAAAGGAAUCAGCAGGAGAGGAUGGGUUAAUGACUGUAGGCUUGGACACAAUGACAAGUCCUGGAGUCUGAUCUGCUAUAACAACCGUUACUAUGCCAGGCACAAUAAUAAUGAAACUACCAUAGACGUCCCCUCCUCCAGCUCCCACAGAGUAGGAGUGUAUCUGGACUGGCCAGCCGGCACGCUGUCCUUCUAUAGAGCCUCCUCUGACACACUUACCCACCUGUACACAUUCACCUCCACAUUCACUGAGCCCCUCUAUCCAGGGUUUAGGGUUUGUUAUGAC